AGACUCUUUAUUCCUCUCAUUGCUCUCGGUCUCGUUUCCGGAUUUUCACUUUGAGUGUUGCUACUUCUUUCAUCUUCAUUAUUCCAUUAUGAUGCAGAAAAGUUUGUUUUUGUGGUGAUCAACUCAUCUCGUACUUUUCUCUAGUUGUGUUUGUGAGGAGUUGUUGGAUAAAAAAAUUGUUUUUCUUGAAAGAGCUUUUCAUCUUUUAUUGGCUUUGUCGCGAUGGUUUUAGAGGAGGCAACGGGUAACCCUAUUCCUGCACCCGACUUGAUCGUUGCUGAGGCAGUCGACAACGACGGGGUCGACGCUCUUGAACGAAUUACGGGUGAACCUCAGCGUUCCACUGCUGCGGUUGACACCAUACCUCGUGCUGCUCGCCGUGUUCCCACCGCAGAACCGGAAGCGUCGGCGUUUGAGCAGUCUGGAGCCACUGCGGUGCAACAGGAAGAUAUAUCUGGAAGCCCGUCACCGCUUCAGUACGUGCACGUGGGUCGCCCGAUCGGCCUCGCCGCCGCGAACAACACCUCUUUCGCGAGCACUACUGCAAGCACCACCAUGGCCGGAAAUAACGGGAAUUCUGGAGCUGGAACAGGAAACUUUUUCCUGGACCGAGAGUUCAACAUUCUGGGCGCGCUGGACGUCCACACGACGAAGCGUGAAUACCAUCGCUUCAGCCGAGCAAGCCGCAUGGAAGGGGCACUCGCGCCUAUGGUGCAAACGAUCUCGACGCCGCGGGGCCGCAGCCGCAGUCCGCGGAGCCCGCACACGCCGCGAUUGCAUAUGGAUGGCUAUCGACUCAGUGUGCCUGGGAGCCUGGAUCCUCGAGACGCGGAGUCCUCGACGCUCUUCCACUUGCCGGUCGAGCCGGGGCAAGAGUAUCAGCCGGCCGCAGGCAACUGGGCGCUCGAUAUGCCGAUCUUGCUUCCCAAGACCACCCCCCGCUCGUCGCGGUCUCAACCACCACCGGACUUCCGGAACGGCAACAACGGUGGAGCUGCUCCAAACAAAUUCCAGCAAGACGUGGAAGUCGAAUACACGAAGAUUAUGAUGGGGAUGCAACAGAAAAAGGGAGCGUCUCCCGCAGCUGUGGGCGGAUUGUGCUCCGAGCGGGGCAUGUGGCAGCCGUACUACAACCCCACGAUUUCGUUUCCGGAACCGCCAACCUCCUUUCAGGAUAUGUGGCAUCAAACUCGCAACGCGGGUGCCGGACCCACUGCUGGCAGCAGCACGGUCUCCAGCGUGACAACUGCGAGUAUGGCUCGCACUACCCCUGGCAUGCCGCCGUUGUCGUCUCCGGGCCGUUCUGGUGCACAAGUGAUCUACCGACAGCCCGUGCCUUUGCCGGCCACGUCGCUGGAAGCGGCGCCCGUAAUCAUGCCAGCAAUGGCUCCAGCGGCGGGUGCUGGGACCACCACUGGCAUUGAGAUGGGCCGCAUGGCGCGUGGGUACCAACCACCGUCUGUUCCGGGUGUCCCGAGUGCAGCUGCGCAGAAGUAUACUGGUAUGAGCUCGCCGCUGCCGCCGCCUGCUCCGACCUCCGGUACGCGCGCACUUCCAGGCCUAAGCGAAGUUGGCGCGUCCUCCAUCCUGAAAAACAACAAAAUGGCUGAACCUCUGUUGACUCGCCUAGGACCACCACCGGAUCCGAAGGCUGCUCCACAGGUACAGCGCAGAUAAUGAUCUAUCGUUUGAGAAAGUAAUGAUCCAAUAUGAUUUUCAUUCCGGCAUUCCCGUCCUUGAUGAUGAAAGAGGAUACAACUUGUCUUCGUCCUAGUACGAUCAAAAAUUUAUAAGUAAGUAACUACUUGGUUGACUUUUUCGUGUUUACAAUGGAUUUUUCAGGCGCCCGUCGAGCACUCAUUUGUUCCGUCCUCUGGUGAGGGAGAGCAUCCUGAGGAGCACAAGAAAAAGAAGAAAGAGAAAAUGCACGCCGUUCCCAAGGGGCGCGGCGGCGCUCUCGGCGCUUUGAUGAUGGCAGCAGCUGCAAUCAAAGACCAAGUUGGCUCUGACGAGGAAAGCGACGAAGGAGGAGGAAAGAACUUCUUCACGACAAUGGGAGGUACCUCAAUUUUGCUUCUAGUUUACAUCAGAUUACAGACUGAAACUGAUGUUUCUCUUCUAAUUGGUCAUUUCCUUAAAAGCUAAAACUUAGUAAGGUAGGGGGUGAUCAAAACGAUGUUGAAAGCUAAACUCCAAGCUCACCUUCGCAAAAAAAUAAAAACCUAUCAGAAAUAGAACUUCCUGUGUGGGUUUCGGUGCCGCUGAAUUACAUCAUCUUCCCGAUUAUCGAUUUGAUCUUGUUUCUCUGGUUUGGAAUCCUGUGGCCGAUCAUCAAGUGCGCGAUUAUUGCGCCUUGCUUUGUCCUUUUCAAAGUGUUGAAUUUCAUCAUGGGGGGAUCCCUCGAUCUCGCGUACUGUAUCUACGGUAUAGCGCUUGCCUUCUUCGGUGGCGAGUACCACACCGCGACGGCCGCUAUCGCCGCGUUUAAAAUGGCGGGCGGCGAUGACAUCUUCGACUCCAUAGGCAAGAUCAAAGAUAACAUCGACGAAUUGCAGUCGAAAAGCGCUGAGCACGACGCGGUAGACGCGGAUGGCGAUGGCGUUGCAGACGUUCUCGAGGAAUCCAACCGCCAGUACGUGGCCAAGAAGUUCUACAUUCUAUUUGAAGCGAUGGACCCCUGGGUGUUCACCGAGGCCAUCAUGAACACGUACUGGGGGAUUCUCGGUACUUGCUUGUAAUCGUUUGCACUUUUUCAUUGGGCUGAUCUUUACCGAUUUUAAUGUAUUGUGCGGGGAUGAAACAACAACAUUCAACACAAAGAAGCUGAACAAAAGCGUUAUCGCUGUAUUUUCUUAGAAGCGACGACAUACUUGUACUCUUGAAUUUCAAUAUCCUCUGUAUCUGUAACCACAGGUGUCCUUCUGACGGUAAAAUGCGAUGUUGCUGCGUACACCGCAUUGGGCGUGUCCAUGUCAACAUUGAUGGGGAAGAUUGCUGCUUACGCAUUGACGCCCUAUGUGCUGAAGAUGGUCAGCAAAGGAAUGAGGUACUUACAUUUCUACAACCCGACCAUCAUUUUUGUUCUUUCAUUCUAGGGGGUCGAAUGGGAAAUCUAAUUCUUAAAUCACAGUUUGUUUUUUUUUUGAAUAAAUACAAAAUAUGAUGUUGACCUUGAUCGAGACUGGCCACCUCCUUCCCCCUAUGAUGAGGCAUUCACUACACUAUCAGGCGUUGGGUACAUACUUUCGUGAAGUUUGCGACGGUUGCUAUCUGUCUGGGAACGGCUUUCUGCUUCCAGGACACGACCUACAAACUGCAGUCAUCCUUGAACGGAGGCGUCAUUUUCGCUGAGAGCGCUUUAAUCUACUGGCAUAGAAACAUUAGGAAAGGCGAGGACGAGUUCGAUUUGGACACGACCAUGGUGGACGAGUACAUCGGUUGGAGUCUGGCGGUGGUAGGGGCAUUCUACCAGUUCUCGCCGCUGCCGAGUCAUAUUCCACCACCUUACAACUUGUUGCUGCUGCCGUUGCUCCUGGUCACCGAACUCGUUAACUGGCUCGGCACGCUGUUGCUCAGUUAAAUGCCCACAGUCUAACUGAAGUAACAAUCAUGCGACGAACGCAAAGUGGUCCACGUUAAGAUUUAAAUGAAAAGAGAUGAUAGAGAUGGACGCACCACAUAAUCACGAAACUCGAUUCCAUAGUUGGUAGUUAGUAGUUCCGAAUAUGAAAGACUACAGUGACGUAGGAUAAGAAUUUUUAGCGUAGAUGGAGAUGAUGAUCAGCGCGUCUUCAUGGAAUCGGAGGAGCAUGUGCAUAGUCGAUUGAUAAUUUCUUGAACUACAUAGUCGAGUUCUACAAAGUAUAAUUUUUAUUUGGAAUGUUGGUUGUAUUUGAUGUUGAUCGUUGUGAUUGCGAAUUAAUAUCUGACUUGUGUGUAACUUCGAUUUCGUUUUCCUUCGGUUGCAAGCGUAAAAAUAUUGAAGCUUAGAGGCUGUUGAGAGUAAAAAUUAUGAAAAUGAGGUCUUUAUUACAAGAGAUAUUCGAAUGAUAACGUCGAUGCGCCAAGGACUUUUUGGUUAGCAAAUUAUCUGCACCUCUUUUCCCGUACAUUGUGAACACUACAGAUGAUGGUUCAACAUUAGUCGAAUGACAUAGUUGUAAUUCGUUGCUAAUACAGAUACACUGAAAAAUUGAGUUCUUGAUUGUUUAACAAAUGAACAGAUGAUCUCCAAGCACCGGCAUAUUCAUCUUUCUUCAUGAAUGCGUUUUUUAAGGCAAAUAUCAUGAGUCCUUUUAUAUUCACAU